UUAAUUAUCUAUCUCCCACGAGUCACUACAUUUUCCCCUCUUUCUCUCUCUACUCGCGCCUCUUCGAGAUCCGCCACUCUCUCUACAGCAAAACCCUAGAACUCAAAGCUUCGUAGAGAGAGAAAAGCGAAGAGAGAGAAGCUCAGGGACUAUACCAGCAAAUCUCUCUCACAUUUCCCUGAUCUAAUACAAAUCCAGGCCUUUAUUGAGGAUGGCGGCAGUAGCAGCAGCAGCACAACCAGUUUCUGCUCAAGUUGUGGCUAAUGCAUUUGUGCAGCAAUACUAUCAUAUAUUGCACCAUUCGCCUGGGCUUGUAUUUAGGUUUUAUCAGGAUAUAAGCAAGCUUGGACGCCCUGAAGAUGAUGGCUCCAUGGGCAUCACUACCACAAUGCAAGCAAUCAAUGACAAGAUACUCUCACUUAACUAUGGAGACUUCAGAGCAGAGAUUAAGUCUGUGGAUGCCCAAGAAUCAUUCAAUGGCGGGGUGCAUGUCCUUGUGACUGGAUAUUUAACUGGGAAAGACAACUUGAUCCUAAAUUUCUGUCAAACUUUCUUCCUAGCACCGCAAGAUAGAGGGUACUUUGUCUUGAAUGAUAUGUUUCGAUACGUAGAGAAUGUCAGUCAGCAUGAUGCAGUCCAGGUUCCAGUAACUGAUGUUGAGGCUCCUGUCACGCCACAGCAAAUUGUUGCAGAUCCACCUCCAGUACAGGAGAAUCACAUUCCUGAGCAAAGCACACCUCCAGUGGAGGAAGCUGAUGUGGGAGAAGUUUACAACCCACCUGAGAAUGGUGAUGUGCCUAUUGUUGAAGAGGAAGUGCCUGUGUCUGAGGUUGUUGAUGAAGUCCAAGAUGGCUCUGAAGUGGUAGUUGAAUCUGACACCAAAACUGGGGAAGUUCCUAAGAAGUCAUAUGCUUCAAUUGUCAUGCAUCUCAAGGAAAGCGCUGCUACUUUCUCCCCUCCUCCAGCACCUUCUAGGAAGCCUAUGGCAAAGAGGGUUGAGCAAGUGAAUCAACCAGCCGCAACAGCAACUGAUGGCCCAGUUUCCAGCUCAGAUAGUGUUGAUAACAUGAAUGACCCAGAAGGAGAAGCAGCUGAUGGCUACUCAGUCUACAUAAAAGGCUUGCCUAUGAGUGCGACUGUGGCCUUACUUGCAGAUGAGUUCAAGAAGUUUGGGCCUAUCAAAAAUGGAGGCAUUCAAGUCAGAAGUAACAGGCAACAGGGGUUUUGUUUUGGAUUUGUGGAAUUUGAAGUGGAGAGUGCUGUGCAAAAAGCAAUCGAGGCUUCUCCAGUUCUAAUCGGUGGACGGCAAGCUGUGGUCGAGGAGAAGAGGUCUACUAAUUCCCGAGGUAACACCAGAGGUAGGUUUCAAUCUGGAAGGGGUGCUGGAUUCAGGAACGAUGGUGGAAGAGGACGAGGAAAUUAUGGAGGUGGCAGGGGUUAUGGUCGAGAUGAUUUCAAUGGAAGAAAUGAGUUCAACAAUAGGGGUGGCAGUCGUGGGGGGUUAUCAAACCGCGGAGGGGAAGGAUAUCGGCGAACUGACAACACAGGUGGGCGAAUGAAUCGUGGUGGUGGGGUGCCUAAUGGAACAGCUAAAGCGGCACCGCGCUAUUCUGCUACAGCUUGAAUAGUAGUAGCUUAGAGCGAAAUGAGAGUUGGUAUUAUUAUUUGAAUCGACAUUUAAAUGAUUCUGUUGAGGUGGAAAGAAAUUUUGUCAGGAGCUAUGAUGUUUUCCCAAGAGCUCUAUUUGCUAAUUUUUCUAGUUAAUGGUUUUUUUUUUGGUUAAUCAUAGGUGAGAUAGGAAUGGAGUUCUUAGAAGAUUCCUUUGUGUAGCAUAUCUGAGCCCUAGGAAGAGAUUAUCCCGUCUUUUCUGGGCCUUUUUGUAUUGAAUUAUUGUUUGGGGCUUUUUUACUUGUGGAAAUUUAUUUAUUUUAACCGUGAUUUUGCA